AUGGCAAAUAUAGUAUCAGAGAACAAAGUAAUAGUUCUUACAGUGAAUCUGUGGAAACUUGUAAAGGGAUGCUCCCAAAAGAGAUGGGCUGACUGCGCUGUCAGAAAUUUGAAAAGACACAUCCAGAAACAGUUCAAGACACAGAUGGACGUAAAAAUAGACAUGGAUUUAAACAAAGCCAUUUGGUCCAGAGGAAAAAAGCAGCUUCCAACUAGAAUUAGAAUAGAAGUAGGAAAAAGACCCGCAUUCAAAGACAACGCAAAGACCGAGCUUUUUGUCAAGCACGUUUUUGUGCCAACCUUCAAGGGCCUGCAAUCUGAAAGCUUUAUUACACAAACCGAUCAAUAA